CUGUGAAUGAAAGCAGCAUCUCACAACUACUUUGAAACCGUGGAUGACUUACUAAAGAGCCAUACAAUUUCAGUGGUGUUCACAAGGCGUGUUACAGGAUGGGAUCCGCAGACAAUUUAGCCAAUUGCAGUACUCCAUUCUGGAUAAUGCUGGGCAUCACUUUGUUAGCUCUGAUAAUUUCCCUUAUAGUGAAUGUCAUCUACUGCACAGCAGCACCUCGCAAAGUUCCGGGGCCAAAAUACACAGCGGAGGUCAAACACACGCACAGCCUAAAAUCGUUUCCUUCUUCUCCUGAAAGUGCUGGCCCAAGUUUGGUCAGUCUGGAGAUUGAGGAAAUAGAUGAUGCUCCAAUUUACGGCAAUGUUGUCCAGGAUAGCGUUGAAGACCAAAAUGAAAGCUGUUAUGAGUCCAUGACACCAGCGAAUAAAGCUGCAGUUGACAUCAAGGUGGCGGAAAGCAGUCAAAUGUGCUAUGCAUCUCUAGACCUUUCUACAGAACAGAAAAAACGGCACAGAAAGAUGGAAAAUAAGCAAGUGAAUUACGAUGAGCUAGAUCUACUGGAGGAUGAUAAUCUGCCACUGAAAUCUAACACGCUGCGAUCAAGGACUAGCAUUUAUCUGAACAGUGACCAACUUGUUUUUAAUGGAGCUACAAAGCAAGAGGAAGAAGAAAGUAUUCACGCUGACCCAAUUAAACUGUACAGCAUGAUAAAUGCAACUCGGAGUGGAAUGCCGAUAUCCGACAACAAUAUAGAAACUGGAUUUGAGAAUUCAAACAAUGACGUUAGCGAAUACUAGUGUGACCAACGCUGGUUAUGAAAGAAUCCAGCAUUGAAGGGUAUGUGUAGAAAGGACAGGAUUUGGGCAUUGCGGCAAGGGAUUGCUCUCGUAGUUGCAUUUUUGCACUACUUUGUGUGAAAACAUGAAAACAAAUUCUAAUCUAGUGCUUUUGGUCAAAACAUUUCGAAGAUGGCAAUCUCUACUAGAAGACAAUUUCACAAUUGAUAAUCCAUUUUAUCCCUCAGUGAAGGGAGCUCUGGUUGAAGCACACAAUAUAUGCAUAUGCUGUGCCAUACCUCAUAUCGAAAUGAAGCAUUUCAGAAAAGGACAACAAGCAUUAAAAGAGCCAUAACCCUACAUCUCUGAACAGGUAGUAAGACUGGAGAUGUUUGAUUUAUUAAAAUCAAUGUAUCAUUGUUUCAAGACCUUUUGCGAGUUGUAGUCAUUAAUGUGAAAUAAUUCUAUGCUUUUUAAAGUAAAAUAUUUUGAAAAUUUAGCAUCGUUAUUCUUCUCUUUAGUUGUUACAAGUGAAUUUUCAGCCUUAAAAUGUUAAAUGUAAAUUAUCUCCUGCGUUUACUUUUUUUAAAACAAUUAAAUUAUACUAUAUGAUCGUAACUUAAGGUUUCCAAAUGUAUUUUAUAUAUGUCGUGGGUGAUGAAUAGAUUUAAAAUUAGUGUUGAGAAUAAGUCUAUACAGUCAACAGGACUCCUGUAGCUCAGUGGUUAGAGCACUCACCUCGCAAGAGAUAUU